ACAACGUAUAAGAUUGCAAAUUCAUUUCGAUCUCCAAGCUGUAAUGGUUGUGAAUGAUUGCCUGCAAACCAAGUUAAAUACUUUUUUUCUGGAUCCAUCUGUUACCAAAUAUUCAGGAGCUUAAACUCCUUUUUUUUUUUGUUGUUGUAAAUGAGGCGCUGCUCAAAAAUGGGCCUCAACAGAGGUCCCUGGACUCCAGAGGAAGAUGAACUUCUUGUGAAAUAUCUACAGAAGAAUGGAGAAGGAGGGUGGAGAACUCUCCCAAAGAAAGCAGGUUUGAUGCGGUGUGGAAAGAGCUGCAGAUUGCGGUGGAUGAAUUAUCUGCGACCUGAUGUGAAAAGAGGCCGAAUCUCGCCUGAUGAAGAAGACCUCAUUCUCAGAUUGCACCGUCUUCUGGGUAACAGGUGGUCUCUGAUCGCUGGACGUAUACCUGGCAGAACUGAUAACGAGAUUAAAAACUUCUGGAAUACUCACCUUAGCAAAAAACUUAUAAGGCAGGGUAUUGAUCCUCAAACCCACAAGCCCAUUUCAGAAUCAGAGCUUGUUAGAGAUGAAGAUAGUAAUCUCAGCCCUGGAACCUCUUAUGAAAACAUAUGCCCACAAACUGCAAAUGGCCUUGCUGACAAAAUUGAAGUUGCUGAGUAUAACCACUCCCCAGGGAAUCUAAAUGGUACUGAACUUCCAGAAAACUCAGUAAUAGGGAUUCUUAAUCAUGCUUUCAAUAAUGCUGUAAUUUCUUCUUUUCAAGCUAAUGGAGCUUGUGAGCAAGACUCUUGUAAUGCUAAUAACAUUAGCAUGAAUCAAACCUUCAUUCCCCAUACAAAUACUACCUUUGAAUAUGAACAAGAUGUUUUAACAAGAAAUACAAUCACCAAUAGUUAUUUUCUGCCUCCAGCUUUGCCAGAUCUGAUUUGUCCAGAAAAUAUCCCUCUUCAAAAUCUCUCAACCAGAUUUUGUAGUUCCAUCAAAGACAAUAGCUUAUAUGAAGGGUUUCCAUUGAGUUUUGAACAGACUGAGAUUCCACAACAUCAAAUGCCUCAUGUACCUGCAGAAGAGUACAAUUCAGAUAUAUUCUCUUACUUUCUUGAAGCAACCAUGAAUGAUCAUCAGUUCAAUGAUGGAACCAACAAGCAUGCUGCUUCUUUUCUCUCAGAGAACAGGCAGCGAUUCUCAGAAGCUGAAUUAAUGAGCCACAUUGGAUACAACUUGUGGUCUAUAAUAUCCCCACCAUCACAAUAUCCUUUUUCAUUUUCUUGAAAGACAGAAAUUUAUAUUAAAAUGAUUUGCUUAAUGAAGUUAGCAUUGAUUUGAACAUACUAUAGUCAAUUUCAGUUAUUGUAUUUAUUUCUGCUAGACAAUGUAAUAUGUAUAUUUUAUUACAAGACCAACUAUAGAAGAUCUGAACACUUCAGGACUCCAGCGAAUUUCACCUGUUUAAGUUUA